AUGGCCCGCACUAAGCAGACCGCUCGCAAGUCCACUGGUGGCAAGGCUCCUCGCAAGCAGCUUGCUUCCAAGGCUGCCCGCAAGUCGGCCCCGUCGACCGGCGGUGUCAAGAAGCCUCACCGUUACAAGCCCGGUACCGUCGCUCUCCGUGAGAUUCGUCGCUACCAGAAGUCGACUGAGCUCCUCAUCCGCAAGCUCCCCUUCCAGCGCCUGGUUCGCGAAAUCGCUCAGGACUUCAAGUCCGACCUCCGUUUCCAGAGCUCCGCCAUUGGCGCCCUCCAGGAGUCCGUUGAGUCUUACCUCGUCUCCCUCUUCGAGGACACCAACCUGUGCGCCAUCCACGCCAAGCGUGUCACCAUCCAGUCGAAGGACAUCCAGCUCGCUCGUCGUCUCCGUGGUGAGCGCAACUAA